AUACUUCCACCAAGUUCUUUUUGCACGGCAACCCUUGUUGAGGAUAAGAUUUUUCUAAUCGGGGGUCUAUAUGGAAAUGACAAUUUUAACAAAUCCAAUCUUAUAUUUUAUGUUUUUGACACGAAGAAACAAAUUUGGAAUCAAACAUUGACGAUAAAUCCACCAGCAAAUAGAAUAUCUGCUUCUUCAAUUUAUAACCCCAAAACGGGAAAGAUUUAUAUUUUUGGUGGAAGGUUUAAUAGCAGUACUAUAAGUACAACUAGUGAUGCAAAUUCUACGAAUUAUCCGCUCGAUAUGAAUAUAUUAGACCCUAUUAGCUAUAAAUGGUCUAAAGGAAGUUCAUUUAAUGGACCAUCCGGGCGUGAUGAUCAAGCAGUCGUGUUGCUACCAUCCGGAUUAAUCCUUUAUAUUGGUGGUAGAAGCCCAAAUAAUGGAGGAUACAUUAAUCCAAGCAUGACAGAGCUUUACGCUUAUGAUACAAAUAAUGAUACCUGGACAACAAAAAUAACAACAGGUUACAAUCCGUCUCCUCGUGGGAGUGCCCAAGCUGUAUUAAUUGACGAUGGCCGAGUUAUAGUUUAUGGUGGAGUAAUUGGUGGCGCUUCAAAUCAAUUGGGUUUACCAGUAAAUGAUGCUCUCGUUGUAUUAGAUACAAAAGAUUUCAGUUGGACUCAGCCAUCUGUAUCUUCAACUCCCCCGCCAUUAAGUAGAUAUCAAACUGUAACAUUAGUAGGAUAUUAUUUGAUUGUAGCCUUUGGUCAAAUAAUGUCUGGAGAUACUGGGAUUUCAACUAGUAAUAUAUAUAUUUUAGACGCAAGAAACAAAACUGAUUAUAAAUGGAUUGUAGAUUUUGAUCCUAAAGAAGCAAAAACUUCUUUACAAACCAAUGCAACUAAUACAGAUGUUCCCCAGACUAAUACAUCUGUUCCUCAGACUAAUACAUCUGCUGGUAAUUCUGGUAAUUCAGAAAAAGCUAAUAUCGGUUUAAUUGUUGGAAUUGUAAUUGGGGUGGCCGUGAUAAUUGCGAUUGGAA